AAUACAAAUACAUAAAUCUAACAUUUUUAUUUGUUGUUGCAAGAUUUUAUCCUUAAAAAUUUGAAACGUUGCCAUUCUGCCUGCUAUUUACUUUCCUAUUUCGAGAUGCCUGUUAAUAUACCUGAAUGUCCACCAAGCUUAAAAUCCAUUCAACAUUAUUUGAAAACAGCUUCGGAACAUGACGCAAGAGAUCUUGUGGUAGCCUAUUGGUGCCGUCUACAUGCCUUGCAAGUUGGCCUAAAACUGACUAACAAAAAAACUCCAGAAGAAACAAAAAUGCUAAUGGGAUUAAUGGACUGGUUAGAAGAACAAAAGACAGCACAUAAGGAAAAUGAUGCCAUCACUAAUGAAGUUGCAGCACAAGCACAUCUUGAAAAUUACGCCCUUAAACUUUUUCUAUAUGCAGACAAACAAGAUAGGGAGCAAAAUUAUGGAAAAAAUGUUGUCAAAGCUUUUUAUACAGCUGGAAUGAUAUAUGAUGUCCUAACAACAUUUGGCGAACUAACUGAUGAAGCUGCACAGAAUAGAAAGUAUGCUAAAUGGAAGGCAGCUUAUAUCCAUAAUUGCCUCAAAAAUGGAGAAACACCAGUUCCAGGGCCUCUUCCAACAGACGAGCAGGAACAAGAUAAAGAUAAUGAGGGGUCUGAAAGUGAUAACCAACCAGCACCCACGGGUUUUCCACAAAAUCCAGGUUUCUCACCGCAAAUUACACCUGCUACACCACCUGUACCAACUAGUUUCAACAGUACUCUACCCGACCAGAAUGCAGCGAUGAAAGCCGCAUCUCAAUUACCACCUGUGCCAUAUACUCCGGAUCCAAAUCCAGGGGGAUUUAUUCCGUAUGAUCCCUCACAACAAAGUCAACCAUCGCAACCGACGUACGGAGAUAGUUCUACAAUGGUUGCACAGUUAACUCCUGACCAAUUGGCUAAAGCGCAAAAGUAUUGUAAGUGGGCAAGCAGCGCUCUUAAUUACGAUGACGUUAAAACUGCGAUUGAUAAUCUUAAAUUUGCUUUAGAAUUAUUACAAACAGGAAGAGAUCCCGCUUAAAGGGCUGCUUCUCAUAAUCGCUUAUGGAAAAUUGCUAGUUAUACUUUUAAAUGUUAAUUAAUUUAAGAUGUGCUUUUUUUAAACGAUCAUACACAAUAGUGAUUUAUGCUGUGAUUGUAUAUUUCACGUUAUUAAGUAUUUAAGUGCCUAGAGUAUGUACCUAAAUUUUAAAUUAUUCUUAUUUCCGCUUACCACCAGGUGGAAUUACCAAAUAGAUAAGUACUGGCUUAAUGUAAGUGAAACAUAAAAAUAAAAUAUUUGAUUGUUAUAUUUUCACAAUAAUAACAAUAAUAUAAUAUAUAAUUAUAGUCUUAAAGCAUGUAUGAUAGAUGUAUUUACGCCUUAAAUAAAACAUAUAAUCACCAUC